AUGUCGGCCCCCUCGAAGCCUUCCUCGAGAUGGGGCUCCUUCCUGUCCCAGGCCGUCGCCGGCGUCGAGGCUCGACUCGACACAAUCCUCGCCGAGGAGGACCAGCAGGACGGCGCAGCGCCUGUCGCCAAGCAACCGCCCUCGAGGCCCUCGUCGGCCGCCUCCACCGCGAAUAAGCCUGCCUCCGCCUCCGCCUCCGCCUCCGCAAGGUCGGCCAACGACAGGCUGCAAGAGCGCCUGGCCCGCGCCGUUGCCGCAAAGAAUGCAGGUGCCGCGAGCCCCAGAACCGACGCGUCCCCGGCCCGCAGAUCAGCUGAGCUGUCGUCGGCGAACCGCAGCCCCCGUCCCAGUGCCGACCUCGCCAGGGCCGACUCUCCCGCGCCCGGUGCCGUCCCGUCGCCACGGACAAGCUUAUCCAAGGACGAAGCCCCAAAUGUCACAAAUCGCCAGCCCGAGGGCGCCACGCCGAAAGUGAACGGGGAGCGAGCAUCGGUAGAUUCGCCCCGCCCCUCCACGCAAGAGGAGCGCCCAUACGUCUCGGAGCCCGCCCCCAUGCUUGUGCCUGCUGCCAACACCGAAGGCAAGGAGGAGACGGUCCCUGUUUCACUGUCCGUGAGCGAGAAGAUUGUGACAUCGUUGGACCUGUACGAAAAGCGUAUAGCCGAACUGGACAAGUCGUUGGAGGACGCCCAACUUCAGCACCAAGAGGAGCUUCACGGCUAUGUAGAACAAGUCGACGCCCUGCAGGCCAAGCUGCAGUACCUGGCGCGUGAGGGCGCCGAGGCUGCCAAGAAGGAAGCUGCCGCGGCGCCCGCUGGCAGUCUGGAGAAGAAGCUCGCCGAAAAGGACCAGCAGGUCGCCCAGCUGAUGGAGGAAGGGAACAAGCUGUCCGGCAAUGAGCAGAAGCUGCGUGCCGUCAUAAAGAAGCUGCGCUCUCAGAUUUCUGGUGACGAGAAGGAGCUGAACGAGCAAAAGAUAUGGCGACAAAAGGCCGAGGCCGAACUGACAAACCUCCGUGGCACAGCGCGCAGUGUUGACGACCUGAAGCGGGAGAAGGAUGAGGCGCAAAGGACUGCAGGUCAGCUAAGGAGGGAUCUCGACAAGUCCAAGACCGCAGCAGCAUCCAAGGACACCACGAUAGCAGACCUGAGGGCGCAGCUCCAGGAGGAAACCGCACGCGCCAAAGUCAUGACAAGCAAACUCAACGAUCAGAUCAGAGAGGCCGGGCAGCAGAAGGUCAAGGAUCUGGAAGAUACCGUGGCCGCCAUGGAGGUGGAGAAGAGCCUGGCAGUGGACAAGGCCAAGGCGCAAACAAAUGAGCUGCGGGACAAGCUGGAAAGAGCGGCGGAACGCGCCCGGGCGGUUGAGUUGGAACUGAAGGGCGAAGUACAGAUCCUUGAGAGUAAGCUCGAAUCGUUGCGAGCCACAGCCGAAGAAGCUUCCUCGGGAGCCGUUGGCGAUGCUCAGGCCAAACUACUGCGGCAAAUCGAGACCUUGCAGACGCAGUACUCGAUAGCGAGCGAGAAUUGGCAGGGUAUGGAGGCCUCUCUUCUCUCCCGGGCUGCCAACCUGGAGAAAGAGAGAGAUGAGGCGCUACGGAGAGAAUCUGAAAUGCGGAGGAAGGCCCGAGAGUCUGCUUCCCGUGCCAAGCGACAGGAGGAGGAGCUGGAAGAAGCAAAGACAAAGCUCCCCAGUGUUGAGCGAGACCUAUCAAAUCAUCAGACUCAGAUCGAAGCUCUCCGUAAGCGGGCCGAUGAGGCCGAGACGGCGCUGGCUGAGGCCCGGGCCGACUUUGAGAAGCAGCGGCUUGCGUGGAAGGAGGAGACGGCAGACAAACCGGGGAACGAGCGCCGGCCGUGGUUAGAUGAGGUCGCCCUACGAAAUCAUAGCCGACCAGCGUCACCAGCCCUGAACCCGCCGCAGCGCACCUAUAGCAGUGACUUCCUCGGGCUACAGAACUUCCCAACCAAGCUUCGCAAGACGUCGGCUCCCUCGAGCAAUGGUGAUCACAGCCCCAGCGAGAGGCCCUCGUCCGCCCGCAGGCCUUCACAGCAGCCGCGCCCCUCCAUCUUCUCCGUGCCCUCUGCGCAGUCGGGGGGGACACCACCAUCGAUCCUCGGCGGUGGAGAGCUGGGAAGUAUCGCAUCGCCGACGCACCCCCUCGACCGGGAAGACACGUUCGACGGCAUGGAGACCCCGGCCUCUCCGCAGCAUGUCCUGCAGGACAUGGUCUCCGUCUCGACAAUCGCCGCUGGCCCGUCCGUGCAGCUCGUGGAGAGGAUGAGUGCCGCCAUUCGGCGGCUGGAGAGCGAGAAGGUCGCUGCCAAGGAGGAGCUGUCGAGGAUAUCGGGACAGAGGGACGAGGCGCGGGCCGAGAUCGUCGCGCUGAUGAAGGAAGUAGAAUCAAGCAAGUCGGCGGCCAAGAAGGUUGAGGACCUCGAGAAGGAGGUCGUGGAGAUCAAUGAGAGAUAUCAGACGACACUGGAGAUGCUGGGAGAGAAGAGCGAGCUGGUGGACGAACUCCGUGCCGACGUGGAAGACGUCAAGGCAAUGUACAGAGAUCUGGUCGAGCGCACCCACAAGUGA